AAUCAUAUCCCGAUGAAAGUUGAAACUCAUUCAUAGCUAACCACGGAAAUCCCUUCACAAAAUCCAAGGCACCACCAGUGUGAAUUACCCAAAAAACUGGGGCACAAAUGUGAUUUCAUUAGGGCAAAACAACCCCAUACCAUACUUCGGCAGAUGGCACUUUUGAUUGUUCAACCAGAUCUAUCGUACAUGACAGUCAAUAAUUACUGGAAAAAAUCCAAAUUUUUGCCAUAAAAACUUAAAAAGCUGCAAUUUUUUAUUUUCUUUUUUAAGAAAAACUACCUUUCACUGUCAGCCCCCUAGAAAAAUUCGCAUUUAAUUUUUAGCCAACAAGACAACCAAAAGAUUUUAUCCUUUUUUGGGUUUCUCUCAAGAGUCUCGUCUUUAAUUUUGUUUUCAAGAAAAAAUGUUUCAUUUUCUUGGGAUUUUAUUUUUCCAGUAGAAAGAGAGAAGGAAAGUGCAAAGAUGUGGGGAUUUGGGGGAAGACAUUACUGGGGAAGAAACGAGAGGGGGAAAGUGGAAGGAAUAGUGGUGGUGUUUGCUUGGAUGUCAAGUCAGGACAAGCACUUGAAGAAUUAUGUCGAUCUGUACUCCUCUCUUGGCUGGAAUUCCCUAGUUUGCCACUCCCAAUUCCUGAAUUCAUUCUUUCCUGAUAAAGCUGCAUCAUUUGCACAAGAAAUUGUCGGUGAUCUUGUUCAGGAGCUAAAAAUCAGGCCAUGCCCCAUAGUUUUUGCAUCUUUUUCUGGUGGUCCGAAGGCUUGCAUGUAUAAGGUUCUUCAGAUAAUUGAGGGCAAGUGUGAAGAGCAAGCUAAUGUGGAUUGGCUAAUCCGAUGGUCUCUUCCGGUGAAGGAUGACUACCGACUAGUUAGAGAUUGUGUUGCUGGCUACAUCUUUGAUUCCAGUCCAGUAGAUUUUACAAGUGACUUGGGUACUCGUUUUGUUCUUCACCCAAGUGUUCUCAAAAUGUCCCGCCCUCCACUCCUGGCAUCAUGGCUUGCAAAUGGCAUCUCUUCCAGUCUGGAUGCACUCUUUCUUAGCAGAUUUGAAUCACAGCGUGCUGAGUAUUGGCAGACUCUUUACUCUACUGUUAGCAUGGGGGCACCAUAUGUCAUUUUUUGCUCAGAAGACGAUGAUCUUGCUCCAGUUCAGGUUAUUUGCAAUUUUGUGCAUAGGCUUGAAGACCUUGGUGCUGAUGUUAAAUUGGUGAAAUGGAUUAAUUCAUCUCAUGUAGGUCAUUUUCGACAAUUCCCUGUUGAAUACAAGGCUGCUGUGACUGAACUACUUGUAAAAGCAUCUGCAAUUUAUUCCCAAAGAAUACGGCAGCUUGAAGGGGAGAAGAUGGGCUUGGAAGGCACACAUUAUGAGAUAUCUGAACCAUUUGGUAAUCUGAAAAAAGCAGCGGCAGGGUCAAAUCACAGCUUCCAGAUUAUUCCACGCGACUUGAAUGACCAUUUUCUUGUACCCAGUUCUAUAGAGUAUUAUGAGGAUAGAGGCGGUGGUUCUGUGCAGGAUGAACAUAAAGAUCGUUAUGUACAUCUAUCGAGCCCACCAAAAAUCAGUGCCCAUGGAGUUCUUGGUCAAUUCCUCUUCGAUGAAUGUGUCCCAAAGAAUGUCGAAGACUGGGAUCUAAAAUCUUCUUUCUCCUCGAGAAGGGCACCAUGUGUCUCUGGGCGAAGACAUUCUCCCUUCAAUCUGAAAUGCAUUCGCCGCUCAAGAUUAUAAUGGUUCAGCUGAUUAUCAACUUGUAUAGCUUGCUUAUGGGCUUAGGCAGCCAUGCAGGGACGUCUGCAAUGUUUGGACACACUGCUUGGCAUUCUCUACAGAAUCUUGGGCAACAAAAUAAUUGAGAUGACAAUAAGAAGCUGCACGAGAAAUUCUCCAUCUGCUGUUUGUUAAAACAAUAACAACACUCAGAUCUUUUCUUUUAAUGGAAAUUGCCAAAUGUACAGCUAUAUUGGCAACUCUGUAACAUAAGAUCGUAUAGAAUAAUAUUUACUGUAUUAGAAAUGGAAAUUUAAGUGUAGCUUCCCUCUAUUGUUGCUCCUUUUCCUUAACACGAACACAAAGUAGAGCUUGAAAAGAGAGUAUGCAAUGGAGUUAAUUUAUGAGGAAAUUUCAUGAUGGAUAUUUAAAAUGGAAGUCUAGAAAGUAUUGAU